UCUGUUUUACAGAGGAACGAUAGGUUUCGGAGAAUUCAAUCCAGCAGAGGAAGUGAUGAUUAGGAAGAGAUCUAGAUCAGUGACACCUAAUCAAUCUCUUAUGGCUGAUCAUGGUUCUCUCCCAUCUCCCACGGACAGAUACAUCAGGCGCAGUUCGUCUUUCUUCAGUUCUCCAAGGUUGUUUACAAGUCUCUCUGCAAAGGGUUUCUCUGAAACGGAUGCAGUGAUGAGCCCAACUUCAAUACUUGAUAAUAAAGGUCUUGGAACCCCUAUAUGGUCCGAAAGAAACACUCCCAGAUCCCCAGAACUUAAUCUGGAGAAUAAGCAUCCAUGGGAGAAACUUGAAUCAGGAGUUGGGCUUGGUCUAGUUGAUGUUCUAAAUGAUGAAAAGACUGACAACAAUUUCUCCAAACCUGAUAGCAGAAUGGUUCUGUUUGGAUCACAGCUCAAGAUUCAAAUUCCUCAUCUCUCACCUUCUGUUUUCUCCCCAACUGAAUCCCCCAAAUCUCCUGUAGAUUUCGGUAUCAAGACCCGGAAUUCUCAGUUGGGUUCUUUCUCCCCAGGCUUAUCUCCAUAUUCUGUGAACAAAUCUCCAUUUGGAUCUGCAAAUUCAGGCCUUGAAACUCCUGGGUCUUCCAGGGUUUUUACCGGUUGUCUCUCUGCAACCGAGAUGGAGCUUUCAGAGGAUUAUACUUGUGUCAUCUCCCAUGGACCGAACCCCAGAACGACACACAUCUUUGAUAACUGCAUUGUGGAGAGUUGCUGUGGAGUUGUUGGGUUAUCUGGGUCAAAGAAAGAGAAUUAUUUCUCCGAUCGUUCGAACUUCCCACCCGAGAAUUUCCUCAGUUUCUGCUACACCUGCAAGAAGGAUUUGGGACAGGGGAAGGACAUCUACAUCUACAGGGGCGAGAAAGGAUUUUGCAGCCGCGAAUGCCGAUACCAGGAGAUGAUGUUCGAUGAGGGUAUGGAGAAGCCUGAGUUGGAUGAAGAUAGUGGUAUCUGUCCUUGAUGCUUUCUCUUUCUCUCCGUCUCUUCCCCUACUUCAAAGAGUUGCAGAAAAAGUUUCAGCAAGUUGAAGAGGGGGUUAAUCAUCUGUAAAUUGUCAAUUUUUCUAUAAGUGUCGAUUAUCAAUCGAUCUGAAUAGAUUAGACAGAGUAGAUUCGAAGAUGGAGAUUAAGAGAAAGACUACUCUGUUUUUGGAUACAUUGAAUCUACUUCUGUUUAGGUGUUAAUUUCUCUUGUUCUUGUAAUUUUCCUUCUUUUUCCUCAAUUGUUGUCUCUGUUUUCUCAUACAAAUUAAAAAAGCUGAUCGAUCAGAAGCUUGGAAUAUUGUAGAGUUGGAUUUUGGUAGUGAUUUAAUGAAGAAGAAGAUGAUGAUGCUGGUGGGUAUUAUCAAUUCUGUUUAAUAU